UUCCGUUUUUAACGAGCUGAAGCUUGACAAAGACAGAUAGCGGUUAGCUUAGCUAACGGUAGUGAGACUCUAUCUGCACCCGUAUUCCGACAGACCCCGCCUCCGCGCCGUCAUUGGCUGUUUAACGCGGUACGACUGGAUUAGCCAAUCAAAUCGCCGGACUUUACCGAGAGCUAGCCAGUUGUAGUGCAGGCAGGUUGUGGUUGUGGUAAAACAGGUAGGGGGAAAAAACCCUCUGUAGCAGACUGGCUCAGGAAGUGAGUUUCCGGUAGCAUUGACACCGCCUGACAAGGAUGGGGAACAUAUUCGCAAACCUCUUCAAAGCCUUCGGUAAAAAGGAGAUGAGAAUUUUGAUGGUGGGACUCGACGCAGCAGGAAAGACCACCAUCCUGUACAAGCUGAAGCUGGGAGAGAUCGUCACCACUAUCCCGACCAUCGGGUUUAAUGUUGAAACUGUGGAGUAUAAGAACAUCAGCUUCACCGUAUGGGACGUUGGUGGUCAGGACAAGAUCAGACCCUUAUGGCGUCACUACUUCCAAAACACACAGGGUCUGAUCUUUGUAGUGGACAGUAAUGACCGAGAGCGGGUGAACGAGGCCCGAGAGGAGCUGAUGAGGAUGCUGGCUGAGGACGAGCUCAGAGACGCCGUGCUGCUCGUGUUCGCUAACAAGCAGGACCUUCCGAAUGCUAUGAAUGCUGCAGAGAUCACGGAUAAACUGGGCUUACACUCUCUGCGCCACAGGAACUGGUACAUCCAGGCCACGUGCGCCACGAGCGGCGACGGUCUGUACGAGGGACUCGACUGGCUCUCCAAUCAGCUUAAAAACCACAAAUAAUCUCCAACACCUACCUUCUGUUUCUCCUCCCACACUGUAGCGCUGUGAUCUCCAUUCAGUUUUAAAGCAGAACGUACCGGAAGCUGCUCUCCUCCUCCUCCUCCUCCUCCUCCUCCUCUCAGACUGGUCCGAGUGUGGUGACGGAGCCACGCACCUCUAACCCUUUGACCUAAACUAUUAUUAACGAGGCAGCUUUUGGAGCGCUCUUACCCAACACUAGGCGUGUGCCGAUAUCAAACUGUAGUAUAUCGAUACCUGAGCCACUUUUUUAUUAUUAAUCGUAGUCGUUUUUUUUUUCUUCUUCCUCCUCCCACUUUUUUAACCCCUGUUAUAGCGAAGCUGGUUCCCGGCAGAACGCCUGCGGCGAUGCCGAACGGAACCUGGAACCUCGGCUGGAGUUCCUCUGGCGGUUCUAGGUUGUGUUUAGCUGGUUAACAGAACUCCGUGUACUAGUUAACACGAUCCUGUUCGUCUACGAACGCGAGACAUAAAAACGACCAGAGAUAUUUUAAAUAUCAUCGAUUAUCAUGUGAUUAUCAGCACACGCCUACGCAUUAUACAUAUACAGUAUAUAUAUAUAUAUAAGAUAUAGACCUAUACACGUAACCUGUCCUGUACUUUUUAUUGUCUUUUAUUUAAUCAUAGAUGAACUGUAGUGGGGAAAUCCUGAAAAUCAUCAACAUCCUCUAGCUCUUCUUUCUGUUUGGUUUUCUUUGUGUACCCUAACGGAUACGACGUACUGUAAAAGACUUACGGUCUACGUAGAGGAGGUCGAGACAGCACAUACACACCUGUACAUACACACACUACACACACAAAUUAAAGGCAAAAGCAAAUCCUCAGAUCUUUAUUUGAAUCAGGAGCAGGAAGGAUUUGUUUAAGGUGUUUAAGGUGUAAUAUACAUCAGGACACAAUCGUGUACAUCUCCCCCUGAGAACCGGGUCCCUGUUAGCAGCUACGAGCUCCUGAUGACGGCUUGUUUAGACCCGUGAGCAAAACUAAGCCCCGUACUGUCUCAGGUUUAAUCUUAGCUCUUAGCCUUUACACCUGGGGAAGCAGAACAGGGCUUUGUGUCAGAUGAGAUUGAUUUCCUGUGUGUGUGUGUGUGUGUGUGUGUGUGUGUUAGUCUCAGAGCCCUGGUUAAGCUGCAGUGUACACUACUGAACCUACAGCAUGCGCAUUCCCACACGGAUCGAUUUUAAUAGCUCCUUUAUCUUUAAUACGUGGUAUAAUCGAGUUUUUUUUUUUUUUAAGAAGAAUCGUCUUUUCUUUAUAGAAUGUAAAUCAAAACUCUUGUCCGAUCAGCCGAUAUUCUCCCCGCCGCAGCAGGUAACUUCCUCUGCUCCCUAGAACUGACCCGGAGAACGUAGGUACGAGUCGAUACUGUAGUCACGCUCGAUCAGACAGUAAGGAGCAGCGUGUGUGUCUAGGCCUGGUGUGUGUGUGUGUGUGUGUGAGCAGAACGAAUCCCUGAGCUGCUCUGAUCUCUGCUGGAAGUGACUCCGGGUGUGGGAUGUAGGCGGUAAGUGAGACGGACCUCACCGUAACGCUGCCCUUUUCCUUCCUCCUGGACACUAGUGGUGUCGUGAGCAGCUGCUUGUGAAAUGCUCUGAGAAAGUGACACGGUACAGCAAUAUUAACCACGCAGCAGCAGCGGUGUUGCAGUCCGGGUGUGUUCGCUGUGUUGGUGUUCCUUCGUGCCUUCGUGAUCUCAGUCUGAACUCCGUAACCUUCUGGGACUGUUUCUAAUCUCUGAUUAUUUUAACCCUUUCCUUUGCUUAAACUGGAUGAAAGAGUUCCUUUUACUUUCCUGUCUGGUUUCGUUCACUCGUGCUCGACCUGCUCGCUCUGGGACGCGGCCUGCGUGGAUGUCAAACCCUACCAUUAUAUGGCAGUGGUCUCAGGCUGGAUGGUGUGUGUGUGUGUGUGUGUGUGUGUGUGUGAUACAACACGGUGUCUGCGGGUAUCAGCACGUGCCCAGUGGGGACGAAGUAUUUCAGCAACUUUCUUCCUGUCUGACUCUUUAACAUGAAUGUUGGAUUUUAUUUUUUUUUUAAUGCAAAUUUGUCUCGGCUUUCAUUUUCACAGAAAAGCAAUGAAAGAAAGAAAUAAAGGAAUGAAACUCA